CCUGCAACCUCGCGGCUCGUUGUCAUCCGUUAACUUAUUGUAAUCGCCGGAAAGAAGAAUAAUAAUACAGUUUUUGUCUUUUUCCCGUUUAAAAGUAAGAAAAAUAGCGAAAUGAAAAACUUAGCUGUGUCGGUUUGCCUGUUCGCCGUCCUCCUCGGUCCUUGCCUGGCCAAAAAGCCCAAAGAAAAACCAGAAUGGGCUAAAAAGGACAUUACAGACUUUACAGAUGCCGACAUGGAACGGUUGCUGGACCAGUGGGAGGAAGACGAAGAACCCUUGGAGCCUGAUGAACUCCCAGAACACUUGCGACCUCAACCGAAGAUAGAUAUGAAUAAUAUACAAGGCAUCGACCCGGAGAACCUGCAAAAGAUGGUUAAAAAGGGCCAGACGGUGAUGUCGUUCGUCAUAGUCGAUGGUGACACGGACCGUGACAGGACCGAUCAGCUGACCAAGCUGUGGCAGGGCAGCUUGCACAACAACCACAUCCAGGCGGAAAGGUACGUCAUCGAAGACAAUCGUGUUAUAUUCAUGUACAAGGAUGGAUCGCAGGCCUGGGAUGGCAAGGAUUUCCUGGUCCAACAGCCUGAAUGCAAAGAAGUUAUGAUAGAAGGGAAGACGUACUAUGGAAAACAUACCAAACAGUUUCAGGAAGAAAGCAAAGCUCAGAAAGAAGAAUUAUAAU